AUGGAAAACACCAUUACUGAAGGCAAGGAAAGGAGGACAGUGAGCUUUAUACCAGACUCCAAGUACGUCCUCUAUGCCAAGUUUGCUACCCUUGAGCAGGCGAUGGAGUUCCCUGAAGAAUUUGUGAUCGAUGGCCAGACUGUGUGGAUGAACCAUGCUGGAGCUCUAGUCCGUACCGUUUGCAACGACAGAGGCCACAAUGAAGCAGGGCAUGAGAGAGUUAUGGCAGCAAGAUGCAGGCUCAAAUCCAAGAAGGGAAGAGGCGAAACCCAGAACAGCUCUGAAGCCAUGAAAAUAGUUAACACUAAAUUAACUAAUUCUAAGUACUCCGACUAA